UCUGUCAUUCACACCCCAAGAGGAGGAGGAUCACGCUGCUUAAAACCUUCACAACCUUCACAAGGAGCUGAAACAGCUGAUCGGAACAAGGAGAGGAAGGACCCAAGCAAUAUGGCUGCAAUACUGGUGUUUGUCCUGGUGGGGCCGCUGUUUCUCUGCGGACACGUGGAGUCCCAGACCUCCACCGACAUCCUGAAACAGUCUGCAGCCCGGUGGGUGGGAAAGCUGACCUGUGAGCCUUGGGACUGCAACUGUACGUUUAAUCGCCAGAGUGGCUGCUGCUGCGGAGCCAACGACUUAUUCCAGCUAGAAGAAGACCUUAUAACAAAGCUGCGAUAUCUGUGGUUCGACAUCAGCAGACUGAACAACAGAGUACAGGCGCUGUCAGCUGGAGUCAAGGUGGCCUUCAAAGCAACCAUGGACCCAAAUCUAGCGACAACGAUUCCUGGAUCUACUGAGCGCUGCUUUGGUCCAUUCAACACCAAUGUGCCAGUUCCCUAUGGCAACAUCACGUUCAACGAUGGCAGAGGGUUCAGCCCUUCCCUGGGUGCCUUCACUGCCCCUCGCGCUGGCGUUUAUGUCUUUUCCUUCACCGUCUACUCGUCUGCAGAAGAAUCUGGCCGCCUCUAUCAUAAAGUCCAGUUGAUGUUCAAUGGGAGGGCAGUAGCAAAUGUGUGGGAGAACAAUCGAGAGGACACUGAAGACAGCGCCAGUCAGGUUGUGCAGCUGGAGCUGCAGAGCGGCGAUCAAGUCUACGUGGAGCUGAUCUCUGGGAGGAAGCUCUGUAAAUACCUGGACUUUAACAUCUUUACUGGUUACAUAUUGUACCCUUCCAUUAACCAGUAAUUAAAAAAUACAAAUCCAGGUCACCUCAUGACCAGGCCCCUAAAAAAAGCCAUCCGCACCUCACCUGAAAUCCACAAAUGAGUGGUCUUCAGCCGCCAGCAGCCCAUAGUUUAACACUUGUAGUAGAUACAGUAUGACUAGAUAUAAAUGAAUGUACAUACAAAACGUAACUUAUGCAUGAGAGAAAUAUUUGCAAUAUUAAAGAAAUGCAUAAAAAACAACACACUGGUGCUGU